UAUCCUCUGAGUGUCACUCAUUUGACUGAACAAGUUUAAAUUACUCACACUGUUCUCACACGGUCCCUCGACGCGCGCGCAACUAUGUCGUUUACUAUGAAGUAAUAGUCUCAUUUCAGUGCAAAAUGCGCGUGCCAUAAAUACUGAAGUUACUGUUCCCGAUCUGAGGAGCUGAUUCUGCUAUCUGGGGAUGUGUUUCUCGUUAGACUCAAAGGACAAAUUUCUCCGGUGUUUUCCUCUUUAACGCAAGUCUUAAAUCUCAAGGAACUUUCCACAAUAUCUGUCAUUUCUUACUUAAAUUGCCAUCAUGGGUGACGUGAUUUCAACCAACCUGGACGAGGGCAAGCGCGAGAUGAUUGCAGCCCGCACCAGUGCCGUUAUGGCAGAGUUUAGGAGGAUUCACGAGCAGCAGUAUACAGUGGCACUGUUCAACAGUGUGCGCUUUGAGAUUGAAGGAGGGGGGAACACCCAGACACAACUUCUACACAGAAAGGAUCCACUGAAGAACAAGUCCAUCUUCUCAGGAGGUCUGUUUCAGUAUCUGGAAGAAAGUAAGAAAUGGAGGAGCCGGUUUUUGUAUGUGGGUGAAUCCUACAACAUUGGCUUGUACGAGAGCAAAGCGGCACAUGAUCGAAGUCUCCACCCCAAAGGGAUCAUAAACUGUGCCGGGUACAGAGCCCUGACCUCUAUGGCGGAAUAUCUGGAGCUUCUCAACAAUAGCCUGCCUGAUACAAAGGCCAAAGCAGGCAAUUCUCCAUUUCUGAAGUGUCCCUCUCAGUUUCCCCUCAUCCUGUGGCAUCCGUAUGCACGCCAUCACUACUUCUGCGUCAUGACAGAGAAAGAACAGCAGAAGUGGCAUGCCGUCUUCCAGGAUUGUGUGAGACAUACCAACAAUGGACUUUCAGAAGAGUGCAAGGUAUCAACACCGGCUUUCACUGACUCCCUGCGGCUAUACAGGCAGGCUAAGGGUCACUACGGCACCUGGGACAUGAUGUGUGGUAACCCAGCACAGAUUCUGUCCAACCUUGUGAUGGAAACCUUGCACCCUGAACUGAGGAAUAUGAUCGCACCAAGGUUAAAAGGAAAACUGCAACAGAGACAGAAGGACUGGAUGCUGAUCUCUGAUGCGGUGUACAGGCAGGUGCUGGCACAGACACAAACCCAACAUGAAGCUCUGGUGCAGGUGUGUGAGGUGGAGAGCCCCCGCCUGGACGCUGCUCUACGCACGGAUAUGGACCAGAUAAUCACAUCCAAAGAGCAUGUUUCUGGAAAGAUUCGUGCUUUUGUGUUGCCCCGUGCUGAGCAGUUUCUGAGGAGCAACGUUCAGCCCUACAUCAACUCCAUCCUAGAGGCCCUUAUGGAGCCCACCAGCAGAGGAUUCUCAGAGGUGAGGGAUAUCCUCUUCCGUGAACUGGUGGAAGUCAGCAAAAACACAAUGAACGAUAGCAGCAAGGAGAAACUGGGAGAGCAUAUGGAUAGGAUUUCCAUGCUAGCCUUCCACCCGGUAAAGAUGCAGAGCUGUUAUGAGAAGAUGGAGAUGUUGAAUCUGGAGGGUCUCCAGCAGAGGUUUGACGUCUCCAGUCCAUCUGUGUUCAUCCAGAGAGCUCAGAUUCUCAUGAGACAGCAAAUGGACAAUGCAGUGCACACAUUUGAACAACUGCUCCACCAGAGUCUAGACAGCAACAGUGGAGAGGAUACCAGCAAGAUCUUGCAGCGCUGCCAGGACCGAGUGCUCAAAAAAUAUGACUAUGACAGCAGCACAGUAAGGAAGAAGUUCUUCAGGGAGGCAUUGCUUCAAAUCAUCAUUCCGUACAUGCUGAAGCAGCUUUCCCCAUCCUGUUCACCGGAUCUGCCCAAGUUCAAGGAGCUCAUCUUUGAGGACUUUUCUAGGUUCAUACUAGUAGAGAGCAUUUUUGAGGAAGUGGUCCUUCAGUCAGUCACCAAGGAUAUCUUGAUGGCUGUAAAGGAGGCUGCGGUCCAGAGAAGGCAUAACCUGUACAGGGACAGCAUGGCACUGACCAACAGUGACCCUAACUUACACCUUUUGGGUGAGAACACCAUCGACUGGUCUGGCCAUUUCGGAGAUGUAAAAGGAGAGAAGCAGAGGGGUGAUGGUGCCAACAGGAAACGCAGGCAGAUAGUCUCCAUGAUCCACAUGGAAGGGAUGCCUCCAAUGCCUUAUGAGUCUUGCCAGGAAGUGCCAAGUGUGGACGACAUCCCAGAGGAGAACGAGGGGCAAGUAGAACAAGAUCUCGCUGCAGAGAUGCUUCCAAACUCAAUGGAGAACAAGGGGCAGGUAGGAGAAGUUUGUGCAGCAGAAAAACCUUCUAUCUCAGUGGAGAAUAAGGGGCAGGUUGGACAGGACCUUGAAGCUGAAAUACCUAUAAAAGUAGUUGAACAUGUUCCAUUCAAAGAAGAACAAGGGCCUCCAGACAGCAUUGACAAGAUCCAACACCUCAUCAACCCUGUGCUGGAGGUUGUUGUCCCUGCUUCCUUAAAAGAAGUUGGUUCACAGUUGACCAAUGGGAUUUUGCCUCUGGAGGAGGGUGAUGAGGUAAAUCACAUCACCACAGUAACAGAGACUGUGCAAAUGCAAUCGCCAACAAAAAAGGAAUGGCCUUCUGAUGAAUUUGAUGGACAGACUUUAAUGACAAACCUCUCAGAAGAGCAGCAGAGCUUGUCAGCAAUUGAGAGUGCCAUUCAGCAGAUCGAGAUUGCGGUUCAGGAAGACCCCACUGAGAACCUGAGUGAAAGUGCCGUUGAAACCGAUGAGGAAUUCACCCAAACAUCAACCAACUCCAGCCCUCUGCACCAUGAUGACAGUGGCUUUCAGUCUCCAGCCAAUGAGAAUGUAGAAGAAGGAGAGGCGCAGCCAAUCAUGGUAGGGCUAAACGCAGUGAAUGCAGAGCAAGUGACGUUAACUCUGGUGGAGGGAGUAAAAACUACAAGCAUUGAUUUGGACAUCAAAGCUCCUUGUGAUGCUUCAGAUGCAGGAAAAUAAUCAAAAAUUAAAACCGCAGAAGAUGGUUGUUUGCAAUGAGUGAGAUUUAAAUGCAGAAACCAAGCCACAUUUAAAUUUUAUUUUAUAAAUUGUGUUUGCAGGGACUGUUUUGUUUAUAUUUUUGUUUCCCAGCAACACUCUUACGGUUGAUAUUUCAGCCAGUUGCCGUUUAUUUUUAUGUUUUUAUUUUAAAUUACCAUUUAUUUUAUUUCUUGUUCUUGCAUACAAUUUUGACUUGUUUUGGGAUGUUUAGCUAUGAGAAAUGUACAUGUUUGUUUGUUUGUUUGUUUGUUUUCCGUGUGUGUGUGUGUGUGUGUGUGUGUGUGUGUGUGUGUGUGUGUGUGUGUGUGUGUGUGUGUGUGUGUAUAGAUUAUUCUAUCAUGUAUACAUGUAUAUGACACCUUUGUGCCUUUAAAAUGUGAUCCUUUUUAUUUACUCAUGACUCCCACAGUAAUAAUUAUAUGUGGCAGAGGUUUCACAAUAUGAUUUAUUAAUGCCCUUUACAGCUCUGUAUUUCCUUAUUUCUGUGCAAAUCAUCACAUUUGGUUGCGGGGGGCAUUCCUUCAUCCCUUGACAUCAGCGAGGGUUGUUAGUAUUAUUCCAGUUUCUGUCAUGAGGAGACUUCUGAGCUAAUGCAGAUGUAUAAAUAGACUCCACCUGACUACUCGUAUAUGCAAAGUAGCAUUGUGCAUUAGAGAGGAUCUCUGAGUUGUAGAAAACUUCAGUGAUAUUUGGGGCCAGCUGCUAGUUACAUUAAACCAAAUAGUUUUUGUUUUUUUUAAUUCCCUUUGCUGUGGAUAUAUUCAAACACUAGGUAUGAAUGAGCAUAGUUGAGGACUUACAAAAUUAUUGUGUGAAUGCAUUCCUAAUAAAUUAAAGUGUAUGAUUU